UACGGGGCGGCCCAGCCAGGGAAGGACUCGUAUGAGCCAAGAGGCGUCACGUGCGUGGUAUCACGUGACUGGCGUUCGCCCCGCCCUGGGCGCGCUGUCGGUCACGUGGCGGGGAGGGACCACAUAUAAUGAUUUGCAUGUGUUUGAGCUUCAAGAGCCGACAAGAGUCAUUGAAUGGAUAGGAGAAAAAAGUAUCUGUGUAGCAGGAUAUGAAAACUCCAGAAGAAAUGAAAUUCUCCAGCUCCUGUUGCCUCAAAAACUGUGUGUGAAAGAGAAGCAGGGUUUGUGUCCCGAGAGAGAUUUCAAGGUGGAGCGUGGUGGAUUUUCCGACGGCCCUGUGUACAGCCUGCGGCAUGUGCCAGACACCAGCUUGCUGGUAACAAGUGGCCCGCCAGAUAGUUCCCUACAGGUGUGGCAGUUGGCAGCGGAGGACACUGAUGUUAUUAAAUCUGUAAGUACCAUCCCUACGGGAAAUGACAGCAAGAAACCCUGGGCUAAAAUUGCAACCACUUUGGCCAGAACCUCCUGUGUCCUUCAUGGCUCAAGAGUCAACAAUGUCCAAAUUACAGAGAUUGAAUCAAAGAAAAACAUCUACACAGCAGCCUCUAGUAACAGCGAUGAGGUCAGCGGCCUGGAAUUCCUGGACUGUAAUACUUGGCUGGCCUGCUGCGUGAAGGGGCAGUUGUGCCUGGCAGAUGUUCGACAGCCGCAGAGUCCCCUGGCUGAUACGUCCGUUCCUUCGGCGCUCAGUGGGGAGCAGUGGUGCAUGGGUGUCAGUUCUGGUCUGCAGGGCUCUGAUGUGAAUGCACCCACCAUAGCCCGCCUCUCGUCUGAAGGACAGCUCAUACUAACGGACUUGAGAAAUAUCCCAAAGCCUCUGAAAUCGGCCAGGUGCAAAGUUUCUGCAGCCAGCCAAAGUGCAGAGUUCCUGUGCGUCUCGUGGGCUCCUGUUCUGGAUGGAUGCCUCGCCGUUUCAGGCUUCAAUGGGACCGUUGACAUCUAUGACACACGGAGCUGGCCUGUGUCUGGUGGAGCGGCAGAGUCAGUGUUUAGUCACAAAGGACACAUCUUCAGUGGCAUGGACAACAGCAGUGACUUUCCUCUGGUUACAACACAUGCCUGGCAUCCGUGGAAACCAAGAAUGCUGUUAUCAGCAGCAAGUGAUGGCUCCCUGCAGGUCUGGGACUGGGCAGAUUCUCACAAGGACAGUUGAUCUGUCUUCCUGUUAUGAAAACUCAGACUGAUUUUUUUCUGAAAUCUGCUGCCCUUGCACGUGUAACCCUGUGUAUAAGGGACACUCUAGACUGAAGAUCAUUGUUUGGAAUAAGUUUUACACUCUGGAUUAUUUAAAACAGUAUGAAUUUUAAACAUCUA